CUCUCUUUUUUAUCUUCCCUCUAUUGGCUCUGCCUUCCUUCUCCGGGGAAGACAUGUCGGGUGACGUGGGAGUAUGCUACGGGCAGCUGGGCAACAACCUCUUGAACCCGACCCAAUCCAUAGAUCUCAUCCGCCACAAACUCCACGCGAAACGGGUCAAGUUAUACGACGCCAAUCCAGCCAUCCUUGACGCGUUACGAAACACCAACAUCCAGGUUUCGGUCAUGGUCCCGAACGAGCUCAUACCCGCCAUCUCCACCCACCAAUCCGAAGCCGACAAGUGGGUCCAGACCCACGUGGUCCCCUACUACAACGAGACAAUGAUCCGUUACCUACUCGUAGGGAACGAGGUCCUCAGCAACAAACCCGACUCCACGUGGACCCGCCUCGUUCCCGCCAUGCACAAAAUCCGGCGGUCCGUUAAGAGUUUCAAACUGAAUAAGAUCAAAGUGGGGACGCCGUUGGCCAUGGACAUGUUGGAGUCGUCUUUUCCGCCUUCCAAUGGGACCUUCCGUGGGGACCUCGUUGACGCCGUUAUCAAACCGUUAUUAGACUUCCUGAGAAAGUCAAGGUCUUUCUUCUUUAUCGACGUGUACACUUAUUUCGCUUGGAAGGGUCAACCGGACGGAACCAUCCCGCUGGACCGGGCUCUGUUACAGCCCACGAACCGUGAGCCGUACGUGGAUCCGGAUUCGGGUCUGAAGUAUACCCAUUUGCUGGACCAGAUGAUAGACGCCGUUUUUUCGGCGAUGAAGAGAGCCGGGUACCCGGACGUCCGGAUCUUCGUCGCGGAAACGGGUUGGCCCAGUUCGGGCGGACCCGGCGCGACAAUUUGCAACGCCGCCGUUUACAACCGGAACGCGGUGAAGAAGUUCGCCGGGAAGGCGGGGACGCCGGCGAGACCGGGGGUUUUGAUACCCGCGUUCGUAUUCGCUCUGUACAACGAGAACCAUAAACCGGGCGAGGAGACGGAGAGGAAUUUCGGGCUGUUUUACCCGACCGGGUCGAGCGUGUACGACAUCGACCUGUCCGGGAAAACGGAGUACACGGCGCCGCUAGAGGCCGAGACGUGCGGCGGGGGGAAGCGGUGGUGCGUGGUGGCGAACGGCGCCGACCCUGCGGCGGUGGCCGGUGCUCUGAGUUACGCUUGCGGGCAGGGUGAUGGGAUCUGCGGCCCGAUCCAAAAGGGCAGAGAGUGUUACAAGGCGGAGGAUCUGAAUCAUGACGCGAACUACGCAUUCAGUUCGUACUGGGCACAGUUCCGGAGCUCAAAUGGGACCUGUGACUUCAAUGGCGUCGCUGUUGUCACCGCCACCGAUCCAAGUUAUGAUAAAUGCAUGUUUCCAAGUGUUGAAAUUUGAAGAUCAAAAGACCCAUUACACGAAAACACCAACAAAGUUACACAGAGUAAGCUUGUGAUCCAUUUUCUUCUUCAUCUUCAGACUGGAGAAAGAAGCAUACAUAUGCAUAAUCCAACGCUGGCUCUUUUUCUAACUUUCUUGAAAUUAAUUACAGUGAUUAUUAUUCGUAUAUUAAUUAGUGGUUAUUGU